AUGACGACAUCCACACGCGACUGGGCAUCUACCAUCACGCACCUACACGCACCGCACUUCCACAAAGCAUGGUUUUCCGCACACUGGGCUAUCCUCCGCCAACACUGGCAAUCAACAUGUACUACUGACGUGGAAAACAUCCGCACCGCAGGGGAACUACCCCUCCUCACUGAGGUUAACAACAACAUCCGGCUCAAACGCCGUCACCACGAUGCCGCCUCCAUGGGCCAUGACCGACGCAUCCGCGCCCGCAGAGUCCACCUCACAGCCAAGACGCUCCGAUGGCACUCCCGCAGACUCUCUUUAUUACCACCUGCCAUCCCCCCUCCCAUAGGCUACGCCGACCCGACCCUCCGGCCACCGCGACACCCCCCAGACCCCGAGAUAUCACCUCCAGCGGUUUAA